GUCCGGCUUGAGUGCGUGAUGAGCUGACAGGUGCGCGGCAGUCAGCGGGGCUCCAGCAUGUACUCCAGAAGCAGGAGCGUGCGCGUGCCGUCCGACAGCCAAGCCAGAGAAAAGCUAGCCCUCUAUGUUUACGAAUAUCUGCUUCAUGUUGGAGCUCAGAAAUCAGCACAGACCUUCCUCUCAGAGAUCCGAUGGGAGAAGAACAUCACGCUGGGCGAGCCACCUGGGUUCCUCCACUCUUGGUGGUGUGUUUUCUGGGAUCUCUACUGUGCGGCUCCGGAGAGAAGAGAAACAUGUGAGCAUUCAAGCGAGGCCAAAGCUUUCCAUGACUAUAGUGCAACAGCAGUGCCCAGUCCAGCGAGUGGGAAUCUGCCUCCCGGAGAGGGGAUGCCAGUACCUCCUGGAUUCUUCCAGCAGUUCAUGUCCCCUCGCUGCCCCGGUGGUCCCAGAGCCCCUCUCAGAAUACCUGGUCAGGCAUUGGGCCCUGGCAGCCAGCCGCUUUUAAGUGGGAUGGAUCCUAUGAGACAGCCAGGCCAUCCAAACAUGAAUGGGCCAAUGCAGAGAAUGACACCUCCAAGAGGAAUGGUUCCUAUUGGACCACAGAACUUUGCUGGUGGAAUGAGGCCUCCUGUACAUUCAUUAAUGGGACCUGCAAUACCUGGCAUGGCUCCAGGAGGAGGGAGACCUUGGCCAAAUCCUCCAAACGCCAACUCAAUACCAUACUCAUCUUCAUCUCCAGGCAGUUAUACGGGCCCAGCAGGAGGAGGAGGACCACCAGGCACACCAGUCAUGCCCAGUCCAGCAGAGUCAACCAACUCAGGGGACAACAUGUACAGCGUGAUGAAUUCAGUCCCUCCAAAUGGAAACAGGCCGAAUAUGACAAGGUCUUUUAUGGUCUGUCAGUUUCCUGUUGGUCCUUGUGCUGAUGGUGCAAUGGGUGGUGUUGCAGGAAUGGAACCUCAUCCUCUGAACGGCUCAUUAGCAUCAGGUGACAUCGACAGCCUCCCCAAGAGCUCUCCCGGGAACCUAAGUAUGAACAACCAGCCGAGCACGCCAAGAGAUGAUGGAGAGAUGGGCGGCAAUUUCCUCAACCCCUUUCAGAAUGAGAGCUAUUCUCCAAACAUGACAAUGAGUGUUUGAGAGACUGAGAGCAAAUGCACUGGGAUUCUCAUGGGAGACGCUGUGUUCCCCAUGGAAAAGUGUGUGGGGCGCAAUAUUUGCUCAUUUCCCUCGUCCAGCUGUGGCUUUCACCCCAACUUCAUUAUCAAGACCAAAACUGAACAAACCAUAAACUGUCAACAAAUGUGGACAAUCCAUGAAGGGCAAACUGAAUUUUUUGCUUAUUUGCUCAAGACGUGAGCGUGAACAAGGACAAGCAACCCCAAAGUUUCACCAUCUGAAUUCCUGCUAGAUCCCUCAUGAUGUUUGAGAGUCUUGAUCCAUUUGUCUUGGUAUUGCACACUGUGUUAAUCUUCAUAGGUCAUUUUGCUAUAGUUUGUGGAAUAAGAGGCAAACUGUUUCUUCUGUAAUGAAAAUGGACUCGAAAUAGUGCGGAGAGAAAAUUGAGUUCUCAGUUUGACUCCUGUGUAUCUCACAGUGACCCCCUCAUACUCACUGAUAUGUAUAAGGUAACAUCAAAGUUGGACAGCCGUCUACAUAUGAGAUUUUUUUGGACAUGGAUUGUACGAAAUAUUGCUAUAAAGCUCAUUUUCAGUGUUUUUAAAA